CUUUCCGGCACGGUCGCAGCGCGAAGCGGCUGUCAUGGCGGAAGCGGUCUGGAGCACUGACACCGGCGAGGCCGUGUAUCGCUCCCGGGACCCCGUGCGCAACCUGCGCCUCCGAGUUCAUCUGAAAAGAAUCACAUCAAGCAACUUUCUUCAUUACCAGCCUGCUGCCCAGAUGGGGAAGGACCUCAUAGACUUGGCCACUUUUAGGCCUCCUCAAGUUGCUAGUGGACACCGCCCCGAUGAAGAAGAGGAGGAAGAGGUUGUGAUUGGGUGGCAGGAGAAACUCUUUAGCCAGUUUGAAGUGGAUCUGUAUCAAAAUGAAUCCGCGUGUCAGAGUCCAUUGGAUCAUCAGUACCGCCAAGAGGUCCUGAAGCUGGAGAAUUCGGGCGGCAGGAGAAACCGGCGCAUCUUCACCUACACCGACUCUGAUAGAUACACCGACUUGGAAGAGUAAUGUCAGAGAGUAACGACUGCAGCCAGCGAGGUGCCGUCCUUCCUGGUUGAGCGGAUGGCCAACGUCAGGCGGCGCCGCCAGGACAGGCGGGGGAAGGAGGGCAGCAAACUCAAGUCUCGCAUUAUCACCUGGGAGCCCUCGGAAGACUUCAUCAGGAACAGCCACGCCAUUAACACCCCCCUUCAGACCAUGUACAUUAUGGCAGACCUGGGGCCCUAUGGGAAGCUUGGCUAUAAGGCGUAUGAACAUAUCCUCUGCAUUCUGAAGGUGGACAGCAAUGGGGUGAUCACUGUGAAGCCUGACUUCACCGGCAUCAAAGGACCCUACAGAAUCGAGACUGAAGGAGAAAAGCAGGAACAUACUUCUGCUUGGAAAUACACAAUCCACAACGUGUCCUCACUCGCACAGCCGGAGGAGGAAGAGCGGGAGCAGCGUGUGUUCAAGGACCUUUAUGGCCGCCACAAGGAGUACCUCAGCAGCCUCGUAGGCACAGACUUUGAGAUGACUGUCCCAGGUGCCCUCCGGCUCUUUGUAAACGGAGAGGUGGUUUCAGCCCAAGGCUAUGAGUACGACCAUCUCUACAUCCAUUUCUUUGUGGAGCUGCCAGCUACUAACUGGUCAAGCCCGUCAUUUCCGCAGUUCUCAGGAGUGACCCAGACCUGUGCCACCAAAUCGCUGGGAAUGGACAAGGUGGCCUAUUUCUCCUACCCGUUCACGUUCGAAGCCUUCUUUCUCCACGAGGAUGAAUCGGCUGACGCCCUCCCGGAGUGGCCCGUGCUCUACUGUAAGGUCCUCUCCCUGGACUUCUGGCAGAGGUACCGUGUGGAAGGCUAUGGGGCCGCAGUGCUGCCGGCCACCCCAGGAUCACACACCUUGACCAUCUCCACAUGGAGGCCCAUGGAGCUGGGCCUUGUGGCAGAGCUAAGGAGGUUCUUCAUAGGAGGUUCCUUAGAGCUGGAGGACCCCUCCUACGUGAGGAUCCCGGGAACCUUCAAGGGGGAGCGGCUGAGCCGCUUUGGAUUCCGCACUGAGACGACAGGUACUGUCACCUUCCGUUUGCACUGCCUGCAGCAGUCCAGGGCUUUCAUGGAAUCAAACUCCCUCCGGAAACAGAUGCGCAGCAUGUUGGACCGCCUGGAAGGGUUCAGCCAGCAGAGUUCCACGCACAAUGUACUAGAAGCCUUCCGUCGAGCCCGGCGCCGCAUGCAGGAGGCCCGAGAGAGCCUCCCCCAGGACCUUGUGAGCCCCUCAGGAACACUAACCUAGCUCUCUGCAACCCUGGCUGUGGAGCAAGAGGACAAGGUGAAGGAUGUUUGCAUCUAGUGCUCUCUCACUUCAACUUGCUUUUUAGAGGCCAUAUUGGUCUACCAAACUGGAGGAUCUAGAAAUUUCCAGCUGGCUCCUCUGUGUAGCCUUCAGCAGGACUUUCUUCUCUGUGGAAGUAAAGCCGGAGACUCUGGGGCCCCCUGUGACUUCUCUUCCUGUUUCAGCUACCAAACGUGGGCAUCAUAACGAGGCAGGCUGUGUAGUCUGAGACUGGCUUGGUGUGAGCCCAGCGUUAGCCUGUCCUAAACCCCGGGUCUUUUCUGGUUUGUCACAUCAUCUCAGUGGCUUCGCAGCCCUUAAAAAUGGAGUUUGGUGACCAGGAGUAGUGGCACCGCCUUUAAUCCCAGCACUUGGGAGGCAGAGGCAAGUGGAUCUCCGUGAGUUCGAGGCCAGCCUGGUCUACAUAGAGAGUUCCAAGACAGCCAGAGCAGCACAGUGAGACCCUGUCUCAAAACAACAAAACAACAACAACAACAAAACAACAACAACAACAAGAUGGAAUUUGACAUCGUCCAAGGAGAAAGAUGCAUGGGGGAGCUCAGUCUCUCCCUUCUCAGCGGAGGCUAAGAGGCCUUACCAGGCUGACAGUAAAUCUCUGUCCCCUCCCCUCAGGCAGCUUCAUCCUAAAGUGUAGGGCUGGCUGGCUGGGUUGAGGACAUGGCCUUGGGCAGUUCCCUGCCCUUCUUGCUAGCUGCAUAGGGUCUUUCAUUGUAUUUGUUUUUCAUAUAAAAAGUAUUUAUAUUGACUGA